AUGAACCUGACAGAGUUUAAUCAGUCUGAUCGCUGUGAUCAUUUCUCCUGUCCAGAGAGAUCUGUAUCUUUUGCAGUUUAUAUCUUACUGUAUGUGUGUUCGGCAGCUGUGGUUCUGUUAACAGUGUUUGGAAAUCUGCUCGUCAUCAUCUCUGUUCUUCACUUCAAGCAGCUUCACACACCAACAAACAUGCUGGUGCUCUCUCUGGCUGUGUCGGAUUUCCUCAUUGGAGCUUUACUCAUGCCAGCUAUGUUCAUUUGGAAGAUUGAGUCAUGUUGGAUCCUUGGAAAAUAUUACUGCAUUGUUUUUUUGUUGAUUGGUGGUGUCCUCGUAAGCCUAUCUAUUUAUAAUAUUGCUCUGAUUGCUGUAGAUCGAUAUUUGGCUCUGUCAAACCCUUUUAUCUACACAAACACAGUCACUCGGAGUGUGAUGUGCAUUGUGGUUUAUUGUAACUGGUGUGUGUGUGUAGUUUAUAUCAUAACACUCUUUCAAUUUAAUGGAAACUUCAUGGGUUCUGUAAUGUGUCCUGGAGAGUGUAUUUUUUUGGAGAAUGAGGUAUGGGCUGCAAUUGAUCUUGUGGUAUUGUUUAUAUUCCCACUUUCUGUCAUAAUCAUAUUGUAUACUAGAGUUUUUGUGAUUGCUAAGAAACAUGCCACUGCUAUCAGAGAGCUUAAUAAUCACACACGGCCUAAAACACAGAAAAUCACCUCACACUCCAUGAAAUCUGAGAGAAAAGCAGCUAAAGUCCUCGGUAUUUUAGUGUCUGUCUUUCUGGUGUGUUUACUUCCAUAUUUUAUUCACAGUUUAUUAGGUGAUGGUAUUGAGCUUCAGGUAGAAACAUUUCAGGAUCUCAUUAUCCUGUUUUAUCUUAAUUCCUCCAUUAAUCCAGUCAUUUAUGCUCUGUUUUACUUGUGGUUCAGGAGGUGUUUUAAAUUAAUUAUAACUCUGAAAAUAUUCGAAAAAGACUCUGCAUUAAUCAAUGUUCUGUCCUGA